AUGACAUUCACUGUUUCAUCAACCCUCGAUCCUUGACUGUCUCUGAAAUUUAACCCUACGUAAAACAAAUAUUAACAAAUUUUAAAAAUGUCUUCAUCGGAGUCUCCGGAGAAGCCCACAACAAGCGCUGCCGUGCUGGGGUUACUGGCAAAGGAUGAAAAGAAAUCCAAAGGGAGCAUGGAAGCCCUCGAGGCGAUCGACAAGCGCCUGAAGGCCCUCUUGGAGCGCCUAACAACUGUGGAGAAGUCGAUGGCCAACUUGAGUCUUCCUCCCUUGGACGAAGGCAAUGGAGACGCCUUUCAGGACCUUGAGACCUUGGAGGAAGAAUUGGAUGAACAGGAGAAAGAACUUUCAGACUUUGCAAACGACGAAGAUAUUGGAGCAAAGAUAAAUUUUGAUGAAAUCAAACAACUAGAUAAGGAAGCUACAGGAAAUCAAUAAUGUGAUUUUUCUGCAGUUUUCUAUACAUUAUACAUUAAACAUUAUACACGAGGAAAACGGGCAGAAAACUAGUAUGAACGGAACAAAAUAAAAAAUCGUGGCAAAAAUCCUUUUAUUCACUGGGUUUCGCCACCUCGCCUUCAGUAUAAAUUUAA